AUGAAAAUAAAGAAGUUGAUAAAACAGAUUCAAAUAGUAUUCUUGUAUUAAUAAUUGAUGUCAAUAUUGGAUUAACUUAUGAUAUUGCUAAUAAUUAGAUUGAUACUCUUUAAUUAUGAUCAAUAAUAUAAUAAGCUAUUGAAUAAUUAAGAAAUCUAUAUAAAAUUUUUAUUAUUCUUGAUGCUACUUAAGUUGAAAUCAAUCCAUUAAAAUUAAAUUAUUUUGUUUAGAUGCUAAAAUUAAUAUUAAUGUAUUCUUAAAUGCAUCAUCAUUGCUGAGGAUAUUAUCAAAGCUACUUAAUUAGUUAAACUUAAAAAUCUUUUGAUUGUUGGAAUAACUGGAGCCAACUCUCAAUAAGGUAAUAUACUAUUAUCUAUUUCUCUAUAUGGUAGAAUAUUUUGCCAAAUCAUAAACCAAAGUCUAAAUCACAACUUCUACAGAUUUAGAUGACUCUGCUCCAAAUUUGUUUAAAUUGCCAAAAUUUCUAAAAUCUAUGAUUUUGUAUCUUUCUAAAUAUACCUGUUUCAAAUAAUUUGAUAAUUGA